AUGGAAAUCCUUGUAAGGGACAAAGGUGUCAACUCGUUUAAGAUGUUCAUGGCCUACAAGGACUUGUACAUGGUUCAUGACAUUGAGCUGUUCCAGGCAUUUACUUGCUGCAAGAACAUUGGGGCCAUCGCCCAGGUGCAUGCGGAGAAUGGCGAUUUAAUUGCAGAGGGAGCAAAGAGAAUGCUGUCCCUGGGAAUUACGGGUCCGGAGGGCCAUGAAUUGUGUCGCCCAGAGGAAGUGGAGGCUGAAGCUACUCAGAGGGCCAUCACUAUCGCCAACUCAGUGAACUGUCCACUCUUUGUGGUUCACGUGAUGAGCAAAUCCUCGGCCAAAAUCAUUUCAAAUGCCCGGAGGGAAGGUAAAGUAGUGUUUGGAGAACCAAUCGCUGCUGGACUUGGCACAGAUGGUACAAAUUACUGGCACACAGAUUGGUGUCAUGCUGCAGCUCAUGUGAUGGGACCACCCCUUCGCCCAGACCCAACUACACCAAAAUAUCUCAUGCAGUUGCUGGCUAAUGAUGAUCUGAGUGUUACUGGAACAGAUAACUGUACAUUUAACACAAACCAGAAAGCACUUGGAAAAGAUGAUUUUACCAAGAUCCCAAAUGGAGUGAACGGUGUGGAGGACCGAAUGUCAGUUGUCUGGGAGAAAGGAGUGCACAGUGGUAUUAUGGAUGAGAAUAGGUUUGUUGCUAUCACAAGCUCCAAUGCUGCAAGAAUCUUUAACAUGUACCCAAGGAAGGGGAAGAUUGCUGUAGGCUCCGAUGCAGAUAUUGUUAUCUGGGAUCCAGAGGCUACAAGGACAAUUUCUGCUAAAACCCACCACCAGGCUGUGAAUUUCAAUAUAUUUGAAGGAAUGGUCUGCCACGGAGUACCUCUGGUGACUAUUGCAGGCGGGAGGGUAGUGUACGAGAAUGGUAUCUUGCACGCAGUCCCAGGCCAUGGCAAAUACAUUCCACGCAAACCGUUUCCUGACUACGUCUACAGCCGUAUCGUAAAAAGAGAUGAUGUAUGUCAGCCACUUCCCGUACAAAGACAGCCUUAUAAAGGAGAGGUCAUCCAACUGAAGUGA